GCACGCUUCCCGAGUACAAGAAUCACUUUAUUAUCAUGCCUUUCACUCCUGCUGUGUCUGUUUGAACUUCUCCCACACUCUCUACACGAAAUCUACACAGAAUCCUAGACUCAUAAAAUAUCACUGAACGAUGGCGGGCGUGCCUCAGUUCACUGAUCGUGCCGCAAAGGCACUCGGCGAUGCUGCAAACCUCGCUGAACAAUAUGCCCAUUCACAAAUUCUGCCAGUCCACCUGGCAGUUUCUCUGUUUGACCCUCCCCCGGACGAGUCGAAAGACCAACAGACGACCGUCAAUGCCUCACAGUCCCACGCUUCAGCUCCUCUCUUCAGACAAGUGAUCGAACGAGCACAUGGCGACAUUCAAUUACUCGACAGAGCUCUCAAGAAAGCCCUUGUGCGGCUCCCGAGUCAAGACCCUCCGCCCGAACACGUCACCAUGUCACCAUCCCUCUCAAAAGUGAUCAGGUCCGCUCAGGAGCUGCAAAAGACUCAAAAAGAUACCUAUGUGGCUAUUGACCACUUGAUCACCGCCCUGGCGCAAGAUGCGAAGAUCCAAGAGGCCCUGCGGGAAGCAAACGUUCCCAACACCAAACUCAUCGAUGCUGCCAUUCAGCAAAUACGUGGCACGAAGCGGGUCGACUCGAAACAGGCCGACUCAGAGGAGGAAAAUGAGAAUCUCAAGAAAUUCACAAUUGACAUGACUCAACUGGCAAGAGAAGGCAAACUCGAUCCCGUGAUUGGACGAGAAGAAGAGAUCCGGCGGGUGAUUCGGAUCUUGUCCAGACGAACCAAGAACAACCCUGUCCUUAUUGGUGAGCCCGGUGUCGGCAAGACCACAGUCAUUGAAGGUCUGGCACAGCGGAUUAUCAACGCCGAUGUUCCUGCCAAUCUGGCCGCGUGCAAGCUUCUCUCGCUGGACGUGGGUUCUCUUGUUGCUGGCAGCAAGUACCGUGGUGAAUUUGAGGAGAGAAUGAAGGGUGUCCUCAAAGAGAUCGAAGCCUCUAACGAGAUGAUCGUUCUCUUUGUGGAUGAGAUCCAUCUCCUCAUGGGCGCUGGUGCCAGUGGUGAAGGCGGAAUGGACGCAGCAAACCUGCUCAAACCCAUGCUUGCCCGUGGACAGCUUCACUGUAUCGGCGCCACCACUCUUGCCGAGUACCGCAAAUACAUCGAAAAAGAUGCUGCCUUCGAACGGAGGUUCCAACAGGUUUUGGUCAAGGAACCCACCGUGGCAGAGACAAUCUCCAUUCUCCGUGGCUUGAAAGAGCGAUACGAAGUCCAUCACGGUGUGACCAUCCUCGACGGAGCCAUUGUUGCAGCCGCCACUCUUGCCGCUCGUUACAUCACAUCCCGGCGUCUACCGGACUCUGCUGUUGAUCUCAUCGAUGAAGCAGCAGCAGACGUUCGCGUCAUCAGAGAAUCGCAGCCCGAAGUGCUCGAUAACCUUGAACGACGACUCCGGCAACUCGAGAUCGAGAUCCACGCCUUGCAACGGGAAACAGAUCCAUCCUCCGUUCAGCGCAUGGAAGAGGCAAAGCUUGAAGCGGCCAAUGUCAAGGAAGAGCUAGAGCCAUUGAAGGAGCACUACGAACGCGAGAAAGCUCGCUCCCGAGAAAUCCAGGAGGCCAAAAUGAAAUUGGAACAGCUGAAGAACAAGCGAGACGAAGCAGAACGUUCCAACGAUCUCCAGACAGCCUCUGACCUGACGUACUACGCCAUCCCCGAUGUGGCUGCCAAGAUCAAGGCGCUCGAGAACGCUAGAGCCCAAGCGGAUGCUGAACAGCACGCCAGACUCGGUGCAAUGGGCGAGGUUUCACCCACCGAUGCUGUUGGCCCCGAACAAAUCAAUGCCAUCGUUGCCAAGAUGACCGGUAUCCCCAUCACGAGGCUACGGGCUUCAGAGAAGGAGAAGAUCCUUCACAUGGAACAGCAUCUGCAGCGCAUCGUUGUUGGCCAGAGGGAGGCUGUCCAAUCUGUCUCAAACGCCAUCAGACUCCAGCGUUCUGGCUUGGGCAACCCCAACCAACCCCCGAGCUUUUUGUUCUGUGGUCCUUCUGGUACUGGUAAGACGCUGCUGACCAAAGCGCUUGCCGAGUUCUUGUUCGACGACCCGAAGGCCAUGAUCAGAUUCGACAUGUCAGAAUACCAAGAACGACACUCACUGUCAAGAAUGAUUGGUGCGCCUCCAGGAUAUGUUGGACACGACGCUGGUGGGCAACUAACCGAGGCAUUACGACGCCGGCCAUUCUCGAUCCUGCUGUUCGAUGAGGUCGAGAAGGCGGCCAAGGAAGUGCUCACCGUGUUGCUCCAACUCAUGGACGACGGCCGGAUCACCGAUGGCCAAGGUCGUGUUGUGGAUGCCAAGAACUGCAUUGUGGUCAUGACGAGCAAUCUUGGUGCCGAGUAUCUGUCUCGCAAUACCGCACCUGAUGGCAAGAUUGACCCAACCACCAAGGAGCUGGUGAUGAACGCUCUCCGGAACUACUUCCUGCCGGAGUUCCUGAACAGAAUCAGCUCGAUCGUCAUCUUCAACCGUCUCACGAGGAGAGAAAUCCGCAAGAUCGUCGACCUGAGAUUGAGCGAGAUCCAAAAGAGACUCGAGAGCAACGACAAGAAGAUCACCAUCAAUGCAAGCGAAGAGGUCAAAGACUACCUGGGUGCUGCUGGAUAUUCACCUGCUUAUGGCGCCCGUCCUCUGCAGAGAUUGAUAGAGAAGGAGAUCCUCAAUCGCCUUGCUGUAUUGAUCUUGAGAGGUGCGAUCAAGGAUGGCGAGACAGCCAAUGUCGUCUUGGAGGACGGACGGGUGGUGGUAUUGCCCAACCACACCGACAGUGAGAUGGAAGAGGACGAAGAUAUGCUCGAUGACGACGACGCGAUGUUGGAGUUGGAAGACGGCACGAAUGGUAACAUGGAUCUUUACGAGUAAAAAUGGUCACGGCUAGCGCACAGCAAGGCUAGGCGUUGAAAGGGGAAUGAAGCUAUGACACAGCAUAAAAGCGGAUGGCGUUUUGGCUGGGAAUGCUUUAUGGAUACUUUCAUGGAACAUGAGUGAUGAUACUCUUAGACCUGUAGUAGAUAUACAUGGUCUUAAUGAAAAAUAUUAUGCCUUCAA